AUGCUGCUGGUCAUCGAAGCUCUUCUUCUCAUUUCAGCUGCUCUAGAGCAGGGUCACAGAGCUGCUGCUGAAGGACUGAUCUAUCCAUUCAACAUGGCACUGAAUUCAAUUGAUGACCAGUAUGAUGGAUGUACAGAAGAAAUGGCUGACCUGGUGAUGACAGAAUACCUAGAGAAGGAACUCAAUAACUCAGCUGAAUUUAAAAUGGCUUGGCAAGAAGCUGAAAACAAUACUUCGGCACCAGAAGAUGACUUGACAGAGAAUCAUUUAAUCGCUAUUUACGUGUACACUGAUAAAGAAGUAUAUCGUGAGUUCAAUAACGCUGUUCGCAGAGAGAAAAAAAACUACAAAAACAUGACAUACCCAUGGUAUUCACUUCACUUUUUGUUAACUGAGGCGAUACAGCUUCUGAAGGAAACACAACAAGGUUGUAAGUCGACUUAUCGUGGUACAGAUGUUGAAUUUGAUAGGGAUGUUCUGAACGCAGAGGUUCGUUUCGGCUCGUUUACAUCCUCGUCUCUUAAUCGUACAGUAGCAGAAGGUUUCGGAAAUGUAUUUUGUUUUGAAAUCUACACUUGUGAAGGUGCUGAGGUGGCAAAUUAUUCGAAGUUUCCUGAUGAGGACGAGGUGCUGAUUCCUCCGUACGAGAUGUUUAAAGUCUCUGCUGUCAGGAACAGAACAGAUCAGAAUGAUCUCUGGUGCGAAACUGUGUUCACAUUGGAAAGCUCUGGGAAAAUCAGUGACCUGAACUGUAAGUUGUUUAACAGCGGAAACCAUGUUGCUGGUUUUAGUGUUUUACUCAUUUUAACAUCAUUUUGCAAAAUGUUUAGCUGCUAA